AUGGACAGGGUCCAUGGGACAACUCUGCUCCCGGAACCCCCACAGACAGCUGACAGAUGGGAGCCCUGUCUCAUUCCUGCUGGCCACCUGGAUCGGGCGUACCCGGAGAGCCCGCUCCCGAGGUGCCUUCUUACAGAGCUGGCUGGCAGCAUGCUGUCGGGGAUGUCGCCCCCGACCCAGCCGAGCACUGUGGCGCUGGAGGACCUGGAGCUGCUCCUGGCAGAAGCCCUGACCAGCCCUGAGCCCUUGAGCCUGGAAGAGACUCCGGAGAGGUACGAGCCCGGCCACGGGGCACCCAGCUCCUCCGUCCCCAAGCCGGAAGCUUCCAAGUACAAAGCGCAGCUGGAGCAGUGCGUGGCGGACCUGCAGGCUGAUGUGGCCUGCCUGCGAGGACACAAAGAGCGCUGCGAACACGUCACGCUGGGCCUGCUCCGGGAGCUGCUGCAGGUGCGCACACGCCUGCAUCUGCAGACCUCAGCGGUGCAGCAGCUGCAGCAGAAGGCACAGCAGGCGGCCCCGGAGAAGGAGGCGCUGGAGUCCCCUGGGUCCCAGAAGGAGAACCAGAUGCAGGUCCUGGAGAAAAGGCUGGUGGAGGUCCGGGAAGCCUUGAUGCAGAUCCAGAGGACCCAGGCUCUGCAGAACUCGGAGAGGAAAGGUGUGGAGCAGGAGAUUAACCUCAGACUGACGCAGCUCACUGACUUGCUGAGGCAAGAAGAACAGUGCCGAGAAGUGGCCUGUGAGGCCCUGCAGAAGAGUCAGAAGGACACCAGCCAGAAGGUGGACCGCGAGGUGGCCAAGCUGCAGGUCCUGGUGACCAAGCGUGCGGAGGAGACGAGUCUCCGCUUCCUCAAGAGGGAGGCCAAGCUGUGCGGCUUUCUGCAGAAGAGUUUCCUGACCCUGGAGCAGAGAAUGAAGACUUUGGAGACCAUGAGGCUGAAGGCGGAGAAUGGCCUGCGAGAGGAGCUAGAGGUCCGCUGGCAGAAGCUUCUGGAAUUGACUAAGGAGCACAUGAGGACGGUGCGGGCCCAGCGUCAGGAGGAGGAAGGCCACUUGCUGGGCCAGUGCCAGGGCCUGGACGCAGCCGUGGUCCAGCUCACCACAUUUGUGCGGCAGAAUCAGCAGUCCCUGAGCCGUGUCCUGCUGGCUGAGCAGAAGGCCCGGGAGGCCAUGGUGAGCUUGGAGGAGAGCCAGGCUGGGGAGCUGGCAUCCUACAUUCAGGAGAAUCUGGAGGCGGUGCAGCUAGCUGGCAAGCUGGCCCAGCAGGAGACGCAGAGCGCACUGGAGCUGCUCCAAGAGAAGAGCCAGGCCCUGGAGGCCCUGGUGGCCGACAUGGCCCGGCAACUGAAGGACCUGAGUGAUCACUGCCUGGCCUUGAGCUGGAGGCUGGACCUGCAGGAGCAGACAUUGGGCAUGAAGCUAUCCCAGGUGAAGACGGAGUGGGAAUGUGCGGAGAGGAAGUCUCAGGAGGACCUGGCCCUGGGGCUGAAGGAGGCGGCAGCGCAGCUGCGGGCCGUGCGGGAGCAGGUGGACGACUUCUCCCAGAAGAUAGAAGGCGUCUCAGAGGAGUGUGCCUUCCGCAAGAGUGAUGCCGACCUGAAGAUCUCCGUGGAGAGCAAGGCCAGAAAGGCCGCGAUGGGCCUCGUGCGGCAGGAGCUGGCCUCGCUGCAGUCAUCCAUGCAGCUGCUCAAGGAGGACCACCCCGGGCGGAAGAUCGCUGAGAUCCAGGGCAACCUGGCCACGUUUCAGAAGCAAGUGCUAAAACUGGAAGAUAGCAUCCAAGCUAACAAGACCAUCCAGAACCUGAAGUUUAAUACAGAGACCAAGCUGCGCGAGGAGGAGCUGGCAAGCCUGCGGGAGACUGUGCUGCUCCUGUGGAGUGAGGCGGGGCCCUGGCCGCUGACGCUGGGCAGCAGGCGCAUGCUGAUGUCCCUGGUGAGGCAGCGGUUCUUCGUCAAAGACGUGGCGCCUGGCGAGCUGGUCUCUGUGAACCGCUGGGGCGUGUACCAGGCUCUGAGGUGGCUGCAGUGGAAGGCUGUCUUCAUGAACCUGCUGGCCCAGCGAAAGCCAGGCGCCAUCUCCCGCCAAAAGCCUGUGUCCCAGCUGCUGUCUCUGUCCCCUUCCCAAAAAUAAAAGCACAGUGCUUGUCCCCCUCAGAGCCAGUCCCCUGACGCCUCUGCGACAGCCUCCCACGGGCUCUGCAGCUGACAGGGAGUCCAGGGACCAAUGGCCAGUCCCUGGACCGUCCCCCAGGACCUUCCUGCCCUGCCCAGCAUCGGGGCCCCACGCCCCAGGGGGCCAGGGCUCCGGCAGGUGUGCACAGAGGCACCCAGUCC